UCCAGCCCACCCUCCUGCCCACCCACCACCCUCAGCGGCCGCCCCUACACCUGCCGCUUCGGGCCAGCCGGGUCUCAUGGCUCAGAUGGCAUCCACCGCUGCAGGCGUAGCCGUGGGCUCAGCUGUAGGACAUGUCAUGGGUAGCGCCCUGACCGGCGCCUUCAGUGGGGGCAGCUCGGAGCCUGCCCAGCCUGCGGCCCAGCAGGCCCCUGCGCGUCCUGCCUCUCAGCCCCUGCAGAUGGGGCCCUGCUCCUAUGAGAUCAAGCAGUUCCUGGACUGCUCAACCACUCAGAGUGACCUAACCCUCUGCGAGGGCUUCAGUGAGGCCUUGAAGCAGUGCAAAUACAAUCACGGUCUGAGCUCCCUGCCCUGAAGAGGCCGUGGGCUUGCCCUGCACCCUAACCCCUCACCGACAGCCUGAUGGAGAUAAGAUGGUACCUGGGACUGGGAGUAAGGAGGGGAAUUCUCACCCCACAGAUUAACAGAAGACAUCACUGUUCAAUUAAAAGAGUUUACUUUUGACCGCA